CCCUUGAUACUACUACUGCUACUACCACUGCUGAUACUACUACUACUAUUCCUGCUACUACUGCUGCUAAUACUACUGCUUAUGCUACCCCUGCUACUACUCAGAUUCCCUUCCCAGCGUACCUUUUCACGUUAUCUAGAGAUUCGGCGUCGACGAGGCGGCUUUCUGCUGAGUCGCUGCCGGUACCUGAGAGCCCCGGCAGCGAGACCUUGAUCGUUAAACUGACCGCGAGCAGCGAUACGUCCUCCUCCCCUUUGGUGUCUGCCAGUCAGGCGCGUUCGAGAGCAGUUCCAGGGAUAGUCCGGCACAGCACCAAAUCAGCGCAACUCAUAAACCCAACAUCAGGGGAUUCUUUGACUCAGGCUGCACACACUCGCGUUCUGGGAUAUCAGGAAGCACUGGCUGUGCUUGCCAGUUCUAUACGACCUACACGGUUGCCAACAAACGUGUCUGCCAAAUUACUACAAACAGCAAAUAAGGCAGCAACCGGGGACUCGGCCCUCAUUACACAAGCCUCUGAUGAGGCCUCCGGGUGCUCCUCUGCCAGGCCAAAGGAGCUGAAUGCCACCCUGUCCCGUGGUUACACGGGGGUUUCGAGUGGAGAGUAUGCCUCAGUAACAGUAAGCCAGCCAGCCAGUAGGGCGAGUGGGCGGGAAGCGGCGCCGUCUAUCGCUGUUCGCGCCCGCCUCGCUUCCGUCUUCCCGUCUGAGGGUUAUCACACCGCGGCCGCCAAUCGGGCGAUUACAUCACCGGCGACGCCGCCCGGGAGCGCGAAAGACGUGCGGCUGUCGAGACAUCCGAGAAAUAUCGUCCGCUCGGUCUCCCCCGGGGACGCGGCGCGGGCGCUUGGCUCGGCGGCUGACCCUCUCGGCGCGGCGAUAGCGUCGUCUGCUAAAGAGACGCCUGCGGUCGCAUCGUCGGUUACCGCCGGCGGUGUGCGUGUGUCCUCUGUAUUAAACACUCCCUCUUCCCAAACGGGGUUACGUUCGCCAGGCGUGGCAUCGAAAGAACCGUACGCUAAAUCUGCGUAUGGGUUGGCGGAACAUUCCGGCACCGCUUCGACAGAGGCAGCUGUCUUAGGAAUGCCGAGCAGUGUUGUUACAGCUAUGCCAGCAACGGAGCCCAGGCCCGCUGUUGAGGAGUCAGUGUUUCAGCCACGCCCAGAUGAGAGAGAGACCUCUCUGCCUAAUGUUCACAGUGUUUAUCCGUCAGCAGCGGCAGGGCUGGCCUCUUCUGAGACGAGCACGGGAGGCGGUAGCGAAACCGACGUAACCUCAGUAGCAGAUCUCAAAGCACAAGACAAUGUCCAUUCGGCCACACGGCGUCCGCCGGACAGAAGAGCAGGGUCCACACCAGGGAAUGAGAACGGACACCUCCCUGCGGACGCAAACCCAUACCGUUCCACCGUCGCCAGCGACAUUGGCGUCACCCCUCCUUCGCAAGUGCCGGUGUCUGUUUCCAGAGCAACAGAGCCCGGCGCAUACACAUCUCUGUCUUCUGUGCAUCAGCAGCUCGGGCAUCUCGGCUUAGGAACACCUCCCCACACAUCUCCUGCUCUAGAACCCAAUUUUGCUUUGACCCUGCCGUCUACCUCAUCGUCCGUCCAGACGCAGACCAGCUGGCCAACAUCCAACCCCGUUGUGUCUUCCCAAACUAUGUCUUCCCCCCCAGCACCCUCUGGUGUGACAUCAUAUGCUUCCAUAUCACCUUUGCGUGUGAUGGCUGCCUCCAUACCUUCUGCUGUGACAUCAUCCACAACCUCCGUACCUUCUGCUUUGACAUCAUUCACAACCUCCAUACCUUCUGCUGUGACAUCAUUCACGACCUCCAUACCUUCUGCUGUGACAUCAUCCACAACCUCCAUAGCUUCUGCUGUGACAUCAUUCACAACCUCCAUACCUUCUGCUGUGACAUCAUCCACAACCUCCAUAGCUUCUGCUGUGACAUCAUUCACAACCUCCAUACCUUCUGAUGUGACAUCACUCACUACCUCCAUACCUUCUGUUGUGACAUCAACAUCUGCUUCCUCGAUGUCGUCUGUUCCAACUGCAACCAGUUUUGAUUCUGUUGUCACAGAGGAAAUAAUGACAAACGACUCGUCAACAGACCCACCCUCUCUCCUGUCGGCGUCCAGAGAAGCAGGCGCUUACUCCACAAAGAAUGCCACUAGUUUACCCGCCACCCGCGUGGGAAACGCUACCGUACUCGUACAGGCCGACAACUCGUCCGCACCUGUGGUAUCCACGACCGUAACAAGCACCACUCAGGAGACUCUGACAAACGCCACCCUUCAGCUCACAACGGUAACCACGUCGACUGUGGCUUCAACGACGGAGGCUGCCAGGACCACCACCACCACCGCCGCCGCCGCCACCACCACGACCGCGCGGCCGACCACCGCCGCGCAGACGACGGUGACCGCGGCCGCGACGGAGGCGGCGACCGCAGGCAGGACCACCGCGGCCGCUCCCGGAACUUCGGCGAGGCCGCCGACCUCCGCCGCCAGCGCCUCCGCCCCGAGCCCCAGGGUCACUGCGCCCACGUCUGGCCUCCACGCCGCCUCCGCCACCGAGGGCGCCCCUCUGCAGUGCAACAUCACCGAGAAGCUCUGGGUGAAAACAGUUCUGUCCGUGCCUGCGAGGAGGAGCCGGCUCGACGGAGACGCGCUGAAACUGAACCUCCCGAGGGGCCUCACGCGGGCGCUGCAGCGGGCCUUCAACGACAGCGACGUUCACGCCAAGGUGCAGAGCCUGACCAGCGACUCCAACGUGACCGUGGGCUACUACGUGGUGAGCAGCAGUGCCGUUUACGUGCCCUCUGCGGUAGUGGAGGCCCUCGGAGCCUACGGCGUGGACAAUCUCUCGGCCGACAUCCGACAGUUCGCGCCGACGGUUCAGUCCGUCUCCGUGGCCGUGGCCCCCUGGGUGUCCAGCCCUGCCGCCUCCCUGCAGCUCAAAACCGUCCUCAGGUUUGUGUCCCCGGGGGACAACGUUAAAACCUGCAGCUUCGUGCAGAGGAUGGAGAAGAGGCUGGAGGACGCGUUCGCUGAGGCCGAGGCCAAGGCCCUCAGCUCCGACAGCGGGCUCUCCGUUCAGAUUCUGAGCUCUUUCAAGUCGCCGGGUUCCCCGUCGGUGUCCCUGACCUACGUGGUGCGUAACGGGAGUGCCGCCUUGAACGGCACCGUCUCCAGCAACCUCCUGAACCGACUCACCACCGAGCUGGUGGGCUACUUCCUCUUUUUCCCCCCUCUCGUCAUCGCUGAGCCCUUGGAAUACCACAACCUCAACACCUCAGCCGCGACCAGAGGGUACUGGGUGAUCACAGUGAUACAGGACGUGGAUAACUCCUCUCUGGAGGGGAGCUAUCAGAGCUUUUCCAGUUUAAUGGAGCAGCGUCUGGCUGAGCUCUUCAUGGUCGCCCACCAGGAGGGGCGGCGGUUCAGGAGGGCCGCCACGGUCGGGAGCUACACCGUCCAGAUGGUCAGCAUCAGACGUGUCCCUGGUCCCAAGAGCCCAGCCGAAAUGACCUACUACGUCCAGCUGAACGGCGUCCCCUUCUCCGGGACGUCCGCCGCCAAGACCCUCACCACGGUGGACUCCCAGACCAUGGCCCUCACCCUAGGAUAUUUCGUCCAGGUUCAAGCCGAACCGGUGGUGAAGGACCCGCCCAGCAACCUGUGGAUCAUCGCCGCCGUGCUGGUGCCCAUCGGCGUGGUAACGGUCGCCAUCAUCAUCAUCGCCGCCGUUCUGUGCAGGAGGAACAAGGGCGACUUCAAGACCGACGCCUUGGGGAACAUCAACUCCCGCGCCAAGACCGCGUAUCGGAGGGAGGCCAGUUAUUACCACCAGCCUGUGCAAGGGUUUGACUACGCCAAACAGCACCUUGGCCAGCAGGGCGGCGACGAGGAGGCCCUCCCCGUCACCCAGGAGACGAUGAUACUGCCCCUCCCCAUCCGGGACGCCCCCCUGACGCAGGACAGGGGGAUAUACCAGGACGGGAGCACAUCCAAAAAGAUACUGUCCGGCGAGAUCCGCAAGAGGUUGCCUAGCGAGGACGGCUCCGUCAUCAGCAACGAAUCAGGGAAGCUCAACUCCGGCAGGGGAUCGCUGGUGCAGAAGGUCCCGCCGCCGCUGAAGAUGACAAAGGAGGAGGCGCGCAAGAGGACCGACCCCUACGACACGUCGUCCGGCUCCCUGCAGCUCAUCUCCAUCAAGCCCAUGGCGGCCCCGCCCAGCUACUCGCACCCCGCCUCCUCCGACCGCAGCCAGGACUCCGCCAUCCUCAACGGAGAGGUGAGCAUGGCCCUGAAGCAGAAGUCCGACAUCGAGCACUACAGGAACAAGCUGCGGCUGAAAGCCAAGCGCAAGGGCUACUACGACUUCCCCGCCGUGGACGGCGGGGGCGGCGGCGGCGGCGGCGGCGGCGGCGGCAAGUCCUACGCCCUGCGGCAGAUGCACGGGCACCACAGCGUCCAGCUGGACAUCGGCAGGACCCCGGAUCCCGAGGAGGAGCGCGCGUCCACCUACGUCAAGUCCAGGAGGAGACACUCGCAGAUGGGCGCCCCGGCGUAUCGGAGCCGGCAGUCGCUGAGCAGCCCGGGUCCGAACGCCACGGAGAUGGACCUGCUGGUGAUGAGGGAGCGGAGCCGGAGGGGCGUGCGGAACAGCGGCUACGACGCCUUUAGAUUCGCUCAGCUCCCUGAAAUGACCAUGGGAUCACCACCUCCGCCUAUACCCCCCAGAACAGGACCCCCUCUCGUGACCUCUCUGAGACGCUCCUCCUCUGACAUUGGGCCCAAGUCCAGGACCUCUGAGUGUUCUGUCCCUGAGAUGUCGAGCACGCUCGACAGCGACCCCUAUGGGCCGCUCAGCAGAGUGCCCCUCCCAGCCAUCACUGCUGAUCAGUCCCUGUCACACUACUCAGGAAACCCAAUCACGGCAGUGUACGCCAUACCAGCCAGCCGGGCCGGCUACACGGGCUACUUCGCCCCAACGCCGCCCUCCUCGUACCGCAGUCCGUCCUGGAUGUCUUACCCGCCCGAGCCGGAGGACCUCACCCAGCAGUGGACCGACCUCGUACCCCUGCCGGGGUACACAGAGGCUUUCCCACACCCUCGAUACCCCCAGAGCAGCCCGGUCAGGCUGGGGUCGUCUGCACGCGGUGUCCCGGACCCGCCCCCCACGCCCUUCACCGCGGCCUCUCGACAGAGCCCGACGGACCCCGCGGACGCCCCCCGGCGCCUCCCUCGCCAGCAUCUCCACCGUCGUCCUGGUCAAAGCCAUCCGCGAGGAGGUGGCCAAGCUGGCCAAGAAGCAGACGGACAUGUUCGAGUUCCAGGUCUAGCGCCCCCGGGGACCCGGAGGCCGAAUGACAUGUAUUUCUAACAUACUCUUGAGUCGAGGCCAGGACUCCAAGUGGGACAAAAGCCACAAACUUUUUUUUUUUUUUUUUUUGAAGUUCUUCACUGAAAAUUUAUCUGUCCUCUUUUUGUCGUUCUUGGAAAAAAGAUGACUGGGUGGGGGUUUCUUUACACUUUUACUUAUUUUAAGAGAGGCAGAUGUUCAUCACAAGCGAUCUUGGUUUCUGAGUGUGUUUUGUUGUCGUCCUGUAACACUGUAGAUUUCUUGUUGAGAAGCUCAAUCUGACAAACUGUGUUUCUUUUGAUUUUGCCGGUUAAUCAAAGGCAAGAGUCCUGUAAAGGCAAAAGCAUAAGCAAAAUCUGAAUAAGAAUACACAGGAAAAUUAUAUGGGUAAGAUACAUUACCCGUGCUUUUUUAACCUGAGCAUAUUCAUUUAGAAACACCCCGGCGUUUUGAAUUUUGCCGAGUGGUUGUUAAAAACAAAAAAAAAAACAAACAAGAAAACAAACAAAAAAAAAAAACAGAAAAAGGCACACAUUAUGCAUCAGCUGUUUAAACUAGACUUUGUACAUUAUUUGUAAAUUACAAAAAAAUGAAAAGACCAAAAAUUUUGAUGAUUAAAAAGAGUAUAAUUAAUGUACAGUAGAGUGUAUGAGAAAUUAAGACAUGGACAUGCACCUGAAUGAAAGGUAUUGUUGAUUAUCCAGAAGAUGCAGUGUUGAAGCCCACAUUGUUGAUUUUAACUGAUUAUGUUGACCUCCACAGUAUGAAAAAUACUAUGAACUAUGCAAUGAUUAGAGUGGUCUCACUCUACGUUGCUUUGUUUCAUCUGGUCUGCUGCAUGAGAAAAGUGUCAGACUUGCUACACAGUAUACCGCAUCUGUCUUGUGCGUCAUUAAAUAAGAUCAAUCCAUUUGAAAUAGUUUCUCGAUUAGAGAACGGAUUUCAGAUGCACGCGGAGGGGGAUGGGCUUCUGUGAGAAAAUAAACAACCACUGGCAAAGUGUUUGGUGAAUGUAUCAAGCAUUCACAAAUCAGACCUGUGAGAGCCGGUGAGUUGGUGUGUUGUGUUCAACUGUCCAGCCAUUCAAAUCAAAUGUCCAACUGUUUCCUGGAUUUCGUUAAAUAUUCCAAGACUUUUUUUGUCCGGAAACACACAAAUUGAGUUUUAAUUGCAUAUGCGUGUUACGUGACAUGCGCGACAUAAACUGCUAGUAAAACUUCAAAAAAUAACAGCUCUCGGUGAAAACUCCCUGUCAUUGUUCGUGCUGGAAAUUCCUCCUGUUCCACUGACAGCUUCGAUUGUUAUUGAUCGCAAAACAAAUGGUAUGAAGAAGCUACUGGUGCUGAAUGUCUGAUGUUGCUGGAAACGACUUCGCUACGAAAGCUCAUUUGUUGUUAGUCUAAUGGUAUCUAUCACAGUAAUAUUAUAUGGUUUCUUUGGGCUGUUGCCGUUUCCGCCUGGCGCGCACAUACACGUACACGCACACGCAAUUUACAGUACGUGUACAUCCGAGUGCGCAGGAGGAAUGUGAUUAAAGUUACCGUGGACGACUGAAUUCAAUCUCAUUCCAACAGUCCGCUACAUUUAUGAUGUAGGUGAUUUAUGAUGUAGGUUAUUUCUAUGUAAAUGCAGUGCGGCUUUAUUUUGUGUGUUUAACGUUCAGCUGAUUCAGGUGACUGAAGGUAUUUGAUGUGCUAACACAAGCUUUAGUAGAUGCUUGGUAGCAAUGAAAAUCUAGAGUCUAGUAGGACCAGGAUGCAUAUUUUUGGUUCUGGUUGUGAAGCAGAAAACAGAAACCUAAGACUCAAAUUCCAAAUUGUUCUCUCUUUGUAAAUUUAUUUGGUGUGUUGCAGCUGGAUGAAAGACUAUGGGGAAAAUAAAUCACAACUAAAAUGCUGAAAAUUUUAAAUGUAGUUUUCUCCUGCUACCAAGUUUUCUGAUGUAUUGCUUUGUCUGAUUUUUGUUAUACAUUUAUCAAAGUUAUGUCAAAUUGUCAUUAUUACAUUUAUGAAUAUACUAUGUGCAUUAUUACAUUUAUGAAUAAACUAUGUGCAGAUAAACAUUUCAUUUGACAGAUGAGUAAAAGAGGAAUAUUUUUUAAACCAAACUCUAGUUUGGACUGAAAUUUCAGAAAUUGAAUUAUUGCCAGCAUUCAUAAUUUCUCAUGUCACUCUGCUACUGUGAAGUGAUUUGUUUCAAAUUGUGAGAUACAAUUGCAGUUAUUUUUUAAAUAUGGAAUCCCUGACAAAAAAGUGUACUCCUAUAUUCAUCUGGUUAUAAAAAUAUUAAACCAUGCCUCUGUGUGCAUCAUGCUAUGGAGUGCUGUCUGUCCUUAAAUACCUAUUGGCACGUAUUUUAGAAAUUAUUUUUUUGAUGCAUGCAGCCCUGGGCAAAAAAAGGGUUUUCACAAAAGCUUUUGACAAAAAGACUUUUGUACGUGUGGUAUUUUUGACAGUCUGAAACAUCCAUAGUUCAAGCAUUAAGGUUGACAGCGAAUACGUCAUAAGAAAUUGUGAAUGUCCUUCGUAGCAUAUUGUUUUCAUGUAAGUGAUUGUACUCUUGUUUGUACGUCAGCCAGCUGAAAUGCACUUUAUCUUCGAUUCAUAAUUAUUUAGGUUGACAGUCAGACCAGGUGGACUGUAUCAUUGUACAGAGUGUCUUACUAUACUGAUCAUGGGAGUUGGAGUUUGGGGGACAGUGUCUUGUAUUCUGAAACAAACUGGUGGGAAAUUGUCUGAGAGAGCACACCACUGGACAUGCAUUAUCAAUGCAAAGGUGAAAUAAUAAUUUCACAAUAUGAAAUAUUUAUAUAAGACCACAGCUGCUUGCAUCAGUGCAAUUUACAUAUCAGUCUCUAUGAUCAAGUUACCAUGUCUGUAAAAUACAUAAGCAUUCUGUAUACCUUACACAUUUGCCAGAACCCCUCCAUUAUAGAAACGAAAUGUAUUCUUUGUUUGGGAUUCAGAUUACAUCUUCUCUUAGGACCCGUCAUGGCAAAUGGACCGUUUGUGUGGCUGUUCCUGGUCACGGUUUCCCAUCGGACAUUUCCUUUGAUCUGUCAGUUUAAAUUAUUUCCACUGAUUUAAAUUGUUUUUUUUUGGGGGGGGGAACCGUAUUAAGAUACUUGAGACAUCCAGGUUAAACGUUAGCUUUAAAGCCUGGGCUUUUCAUCCUCGACUACAACGUCUCACAAGGAAGAACUAGAUCUAAUAUGUAGCCUGUUGUGAAAAACUGAGUCAUCAAGAGUACUGUACUUAUAAACCAGCCAAAGUGUGCCACUGGUUCCUGAGUUAUGUUACCUUUUCAUUCAAUUUUGUUUUUAUUCUCUAUUAACUUUUAAAAAUCACUUUCAUUCUCAGUACAUCGUUCACACACUGACCAUAUGAAAAUGAAUACUCUACCCAGACUAAUUAUAAACUAGUGUAUAUAUGAAAAGUAUUAUCUAAUUGAAAUCAAGUGUUACAAAACAUGUUGGUGGCUUCCAGGUUUUGUUUGCUGAUUGAUUGAAAUCUUGGUUAAUGACAUACAUUUGCCACCCUAAUGAUGGUUGACGCUAUCUGCAUAUGUAUAGUAAAAAGAAAAGUCUUCUAUUUGGUAAUAAAUGUGGACAGACUUAAUUUGUAUAAAGGAACACCUUAUUCUAGUGUUGGGUUAUAAUUACAUUUAUGAUGUCAUUUAAAAUCCAGAUUACAUUUGGUUUGAAUCAAUAAUAAUUGAGCCCAAUAAAAGUGUUCACAUAAGUUGA